AUGAUUUAUAACUCAUUUCUGAAGAUUUUUAUCACAGUCGGGCUGAGCGUCUUGCCUGCUGCUGGCCAGGCAGUCCCGCCUGUAACAACCGAGAAAGGAGUGUCUGCCUAUGCCUUCGACCUCAGCCAAGUUACACUAAGCAGUGGCCGGUGGUUGGAUAACCAGAAAAGAACGGAGUCCUAUCUGAAAGAUAUUGACAUUGAGCGGUUGCUUUACAACUAUCGAAUCACUCACAAGCUCUCUACCAAUGGCGCUGCUACCAAUGGAGGAUGGGAUGCACCCGACUUUCCCUUCCGAACUCAUAUGCAAGGGCAUUUUCUCACAGCGUGGUCGCAAUGCUAUGCCGUCAAUAAUGACAUCUCAUGCAGAGAGAGGGCUAUAGACUUCGUAGCGGAGCUCGCUAAAUGCCAGGCAAACAACAAUGCAGCAGGCUUUAGCACUGGGUACUUGUCUGGGUUCCCGGAAUCUGAAUUUGUGGCCCUCGAAGCAGGCACUCUCAGCAAUGGCAAUGUUCCAUACUAUGUCGUCCACAAACUAAUGGCUGGUUUAUUGGACGUGUGGCGGAUUAUUGGCGACACCAAGGCUCGAGACGUUCUACUAUCGCUGGCUGGCUGGGUCGACACACGCACGAGCAAACUGAGCACCACCCAGAUGCAAAACAUGCUCGCAACUGAGUUUGGCGGUAUGAACGAAGUUCUGGCGGAUAUUUACCACCAGACGGGCACCACUCGUUGGCUUACAGCUGCUCAGCGCUUUGAUCAUGCUGCUGUCUUUAACCCCCUGGCCUUAAACCAAGAUAGUCUCAAUGGCUUGCAUGCAAAUACGCAGGUGCCUAAGUGGAUUGGGGCUGCGCGAGAGUUCAAGGCCACUGGCACGACACGGUACCGAGAUAUUGCACAGAAUGCAUGGGACAUCACUGUCAACACACAUUCGUACGCCAUCGGCGGAAACAGCCAAGCAGAGCACUUCCAUGCCCCCAACGCCAUUGCUUCAUACCUGAAUCAAGACACAUGCGAGGCGUGCAACACCUACAAUAUGCUCAAGUUAACUCGCGAGCUAUGGGUGAUGAACCCUUCAAGCGUCUCCUACUUCGAUUAUUAUGAGCUGGCUUUGAUGAACCAUUUAAUUGGCCAACAGAACCCGGCUGACAGCCACGGUCAUAUCACCUACUUCACUCCGCUCAACCCCGGAGGCCGUCGCGGUGUUGGUCCAGCAUGGGGUGGCGGGACUUGGAGCACAGAUUACGACUCGUUCUGGUGCUGUCAGGGCACAGGAGUCGAAACAAACACUAAGUUGAUGGACUCGAUCUACUUCUACGACAGCUCAUCGCUCUAUGUCAACUUAUUUGCACCCUCUGUGCUAAAAUGGACACAGCGGGGACUUACCGUCACCCAGGCCACGACAUACCCAGUGACCGAUACAACAACUUUAGUGGUUACCGGAACCAGUAGCAGUAACUGGGCCAUGCGAAUUCGAAUUCCUCAAUGGGCUUCAGGCGCUGAGGUUAGCGUUAACGGCCAGAAACAGUCCAUCAGCACAGCGUCGGGGACCUACGCUGUGCUCUCCCGCUCAUGGAAGUCUGGGGACACCGUCACAAUCCGUCUGCCAAUGAAACUGAGAACCGUGCCUGCAAAGGACAACGCAAACAUUGCAGCUAUAGCGUAUGGGCCGGUUAUUCUCUCUGGAAACUAUGGCAGCACUUCCCUCAGCUCGGUGCCAACUCUCACGCUGGGCUCGAUAAAGCGAAGCUCACAGCUGGCGUUCACCGCCACUGCAAAUGGUCAAACAGUGAACCUCAGCCCAUUUUACGAUGCCCAUGGGUACAAUUAUAAUGUGUAUUGGGCAAUUAGCGGCCAGCUGCCAACUGUGUGA